AUGGGGAUGUACCUUGGAUUUCCAGAAUUUAUUGGCGGAUCAAAGAUGAAGGUUUUCUCCUACGUACAAGACCGCUUUAAUGGACGGAUCAACAAUUGGUCAUCGAGACUUCUCUCUAAAGGGGGAAAAGAAGUACAAAUCAAAGCUGUGGCCCAAGCGGUCCCGACUUACGUGAUGUCGUGCUACUUACUCCCACAAGGCAUUACUAAUAGAUUGAGGAGUACCACAUCAAACUUCUGGUGGAGUUCCAACCAGAACAGCAGAGGCUUACAUUGGAUAGCAUGGGAUGAAAUCUGUACCCCUAAAGAUUUAGGGGGACUAGGUUUUCGCGAUCUCCAUGAUUUCAACAUAGCGCUUCUUGCUAAACAACUAUGGAGACUGAUCCAUUACCCAGACUCUUUGCUAGCGCGAGUUCUUAAAGGGAGAUAUUACAGACAUACCUCUCCACUGGAUGACCACCAGUCAUACUCACCAUCCUAUGGAUGGCGUAGUAUCAUGGCAGCAAAACCCCUUCUCACACUAGGACUACGGAAGACGAUCGGCACGGGUGGAGACACAAGGGCCUGGUCAGAACCUUGGAUCCCAGAUACAGUUGCCCGAGCACCUAAACCUGCGGAUCAUAUAGUGUACAGACUCCCCCAGCUUCCUGUUCAGUCCUUUAUUAGGAAUGAUACCAAGGAGUGGGAUACACAACUUCUACGAGAUUUUUUCAUCCUGAUGAUAUAA